AUGAGGGGUGAAUUCAAUGGAUUGCAAACUUUGAUUAUGAAAGAUUGUAAGACUGCUUACUAUGUUCAUUGCUUUGCUCAUCGGCUACAGUUGGCUCUUGUUGCGGCAGCAAAAAAUCUGACUCCUAUUCAUAUAUUUUUUGAUAAAUUAAUUUCUAUAGUUAAUAUGGUUGGUGCUUCUUGCAAGCGUAAUGAUGAAUUGAAGAAAGCUCACGCGGAUGACAUUGCCCAUUUGAUUUCUAUUAAUGAACUCGAGACAGGGCCUGGACUUAAUCAGAUCAGCACUUUACAACAAGCUUCUAAUACGCGUUGGAGUUCUCAUUUCAGAUCAUUAUCAAGUUUGAUCAGGAUGUUCAGUGCAGCAUGUACGGUGUUGCUCAAAGUUAUGGAGGAUGGACUUCCUUCCCAACGAGCCGAUGCAACAUCUGUUUAUGAUGAAAUGACUUCGUUCGAUUUUGUACUUAUCUUACAUCUAAUGAGUGAGAUUAUGGGGAUCACAGAUUUUUUUUGCCAGACUUUACAAAGGAAGUCUCAAGACAUUUCGAAUGCAAUGAAGCUUGUGUCAUCUACAAAAAGAUUACUACAAGAGUUAAGGGAUGACAAGUGGGAUAAUUUGCUUGAAAAAGUGAAGUCUUUUUGUGCGGCUCGUAACAUUAAUAUUCCUGAUUUUAGUGCUCAGUGUGUUGAUAGACGACGUCGAGCUCGUGGUCAUCAAGACAUCACCAUUGGGCAUCAUUAUCGAACUAAUAAAUCUGCUACAUACGACCUCAUUUUUAGAGUGACCGUACUUGUGCUUACUCUUCCAGUUUCUACUGCUACUGCAGAACGAUCAUUCUCAGCUAUGAAUAUCGUCAAAACUAGGCUUCGAAGCAAAAUGGAGGAUGCUUUCCUCUCCGACGCAUUAAUGGUAUUUAUUGAAAGAGAAAUUGCUAAAAGUCUGAGCAUUGAUGCUAUCAUUGAAGACUUUGAAAAUUUUAAGGAACGUCGAAUUCCUUUUAGUUAG